CUGCACUGAGUGUGGGCGUACGUGUCGCGGAUCGAGUGCAAUUUUACUGCACUGGAAGUCAAAAAUAUGUUUUAUCUUCUACGGGAGUUUCUCCUAUGGGCUUCUGAACAAACAAAGCUUCCCAUAGAGCAGGUAACCAGCGAAGGUCAUUAAUAUUUGUCUUCUCCUUAAUGGUCGCACUUCAGUAUAUUUACAAAGGAUGCCGUGCAAGGUCGAUGGCUUAAUUUGUCCGUCGAUGAUCGACCGUCACGACAUCUGUGCAGUCGAAAAGACUCGACUAUUUUUGUAAUGUUAAACCUUAAAUUAGGAAAUUUAAAACCAACUGAUACGUUCUUUUAUUCCGCCUAUAAAGCUAGUCGUAGUGUACGACUUUUAUUGAUCCAUUGAUUCCAAAUGUCUCUCAUUUAAAAACAUUUACUUUUGGAAAAUGUAAGGCUUGUUUCGUUGAUGUUGACUGUCUUCUUCCACACUGUCUUCCUUACUGGACGAAAUCUGAUACGAGAAUCCUAAACAUUGCCUCAAAUCGGCAUCCUGAAGAAUAUUCAAGAUCACCACUAAAAUAAUUAUUCUUAUGAUGUCUUUUCAGGUGCAAUUCAUUUUUUGUAUGUUAUUAAAUUUUCCUCUUGGGGCUGUUUACCGAACACUAUUGCACCCGAGAAGAGUUUCUCCUGAAGUUCGGUUGCUUGUCUCUCUGACAUGGGGUCUAAUAAUUGGAUGGAUCUGUUUUGGAAGGUAAGAAUCUCUGUUUACUUCACUCUUAAAUAAAUUAUUUUUUAAUGAGCCAUCUACUGUUCGCUUCACUUGUUGCAUAAAUUACCUCGAACUUUCGCCGUGACACUCACGGAACCCCGGUGGUAAUUAUACUGACGUCUCGACAAUAAUCAACUGGCCUCCAGAUUGUUUCUUUAACGUUAAUUUGGUAGUUUUUUUUUAAUACAGUAGCGUAAAUAUCGAUAGCCGUUUUAUAGCAAGUUUAACAGACUUUUGUCUGUUGUUUUGAGAAAAGUUAUCCCUGCGUGACACUCUUGCGCCACUUCCAAGUUCAACUAAUCAUUAAUUAGUGAGGAACGAUUGGGUACAAGUGAUGGAACCGCAAAUUUUUUCUCGCUUUGAUGCUAAGCUGUGGAAUGAGAUACCCUGUGACAUCCAACAUCUCCCCAAGAAUAAGUUCAAAAAAACACUCCGCAAAUUACUUUUUGAUAUUCUGCAUUCAGGAGAUGACUGUAUUGAAACGCCCACCCUAAUUGAAAAGGUUCAAUUAGCCAAACAUGCCGAAAAAUAAAUUCUUGCUUAUUAGUUUCUACUUUUAAAUUUAUUUGUUUAAUUUUUUUUUUCUUUAGUCUGUUAUCUAGUCCUCGUCCAUAUUACGAUUUUUAUUUCAUUUAUUUCUAAACUGUAAACUUUCCUUAGUUAAUAGCCUUAGUCUUUAUUUUUAUAUUUUGCACCCAUACGGUCCCGCCUCCAAUAUCCUUGCUAGCUGAGGGUAAUAUUUCUGUAAUUUUAUUUGUUUAUCAAUAAAGUUUUGCUGUUGUUGUUGUUUUAAGCGACGUGCGUCAACCGGACGUAAGGCCUUUUCCCUUUUAAUAUGCCUUGAGGUUACCAAAUUUGUAUUGUCGAGUUUCUUAAAACGUGCACAGGUAGCCUGUGUAGCAAGCGUUUCCGCGCGAGUUCAUCGAGAAAAGCUGGGACAGGAGCAAAAAAAAGGAAUGACGAGGGAGGGGGAGGGGAACGAAGGAAACCUCUUCUUCCCCCCCCCCCUCCACCUUCCACCUUCCACCUUUUUUUUUGCUCCCGCUCUAACUUUCGCGCAAUAACUCGAUUGGAAACGCUUGCUACGCAGGCUAGUGCACAGGUGAUUCUUUGCUUCUUGUCAUUGUAAAAUACAUUUUAAAAUAAUUUGUCUCUGGGAAUUUUUUCCUAUGAAGGCAAGGGGUGUCAGUAAAACGCGUGGUCUAUCUUUUUUUUUAAAAGAAUGCUGUUUUAGGGUUAGGGUUAGAGUUAGGGUUAGGGUCAGCAUUCUUAAAAAAAAAAAAAAGAUAGACUCCGAUCCCGGCCCCUGCCCCGACUACCACCCGCGUUUUACUGACACCCCCUCUUCGAUGUGGCCAUCUUGCCUAAUUUACUGUUUACACCUAUGACGCAAGGUUCAGGCCUUGUCCACACGUAUCAGGACAUUUUGGAAUCCGCAAAUUUUUCUUUGCGGAUUCAAAAAUUCCACGUUCACACUUUUCCGUAUUCAAAUCGAAUUUGCUCGUCCACAUGCAUCUGGAUUCACUUUGAGUUCGUCAGCUAAUUUGUAAAUCGAUGUUCGGCUCAUGCGAAAAUUUUAUCGCCAAUCUUCUUCAAUGACUGUUUCACAGACGAAAUUGUCCUACUGAGCACUAUUUCACUCGUUUAACUUGUUUACGGAGUCCAAUUCGUCCAAUUCGAAAGAAGCUUCAAAAUGUCGAGGCGCCGUUUUGCAUAAUUGAAGUGUACAGUAAACACAAAUUAAUUGCACACACGUUAGAAGAGUUGAAACUGAAGUGCAAGAAGAGAAGAAGCGAUAACAUGGUGCUUGGCACCGUCUUGUUGUAUAUUUUAAAAUGGUAAAGAACUGAGCUCGAUCUUGUGACGUCAGCGGAUAAAAAAAUAUAUAUAUCCGGAUUUAGCGUCCAUAUGAUUCCGGAUUCAUAGCUUAUUCAAAAAUUUCGGACGGAAGCCGAAUCCGCAAAGAAAAAAUUGCGGAUUCAAAAAUAUCCGGAUACGUGUCGACGGGGCCUAAAGGUACUAUGAGAAACCAGCCGGAGAUAACGUCCCAAGCGGACAAACCCGCGGGGGAGGGGGGUACUUUAGGAAUUUUUGGUUGGGGUUGUGCCGCUGGGACCCUGGAACUUUUAGCCGGCUAUACCAGAGCUAGUUCGGCUCAAUUUUGCUACCCUAUAUACUAGACUUAACUCCUUAAAUCUCUUCUAUCCUGGGGUAGCUUUUAGACUGAGUCGCGUAAAUUUAAACUUGUCGAUUGGAUUUUUUUAUAUUUUGAUCAGUUUCCUGGAAAAUGAUACCCUAUUCUAGACCCAAACUCCCUGAUUUGUAUACCCUAUCCCAGAGUAAACUUCUUGAAAACCAUACACUUCACAGCGGCACGUACCUAUAUAUCCCACAUAAGGCAGAACCCCCCGGGACGAGGAACUAAACUUUGUCUUCACUGGACAAAUCCUGCGAAAAAAGUGCAUUACCGUUAAUGAUUUAAUAGACGACCGAGGAGGCCCAAGAGGAGGCGUUUAAUAGAUAAGAGGCGUUUAUUUUCAUAACUGUGACAAACUCCACGAAACUGAUAUGCAUUCGGCGAAUACAUCACCACAGUAUACAGUGUAUAACAGCAACCUCGUCCCCAGGGCGCUUUUUCCUGUUGUUUAUCGUAUGUGAUCGUGUGCCAAUUCAGUACACCCACAAAUUCUGGGUGUUUGGUGGUCAUGUGACCGGCCGAUGCCAGGGCCUUUUCCCGUCCCACCUCCAAAGCCAAACAGCAGACCAUAGUCCAUCCAUUGAUACGUCUACGCCGUUAAAAUCAAUGUGUUUAACUUUGGUUGUUAAAAUCAUUACUUUGAACUUGACGUUAAACGAGAUGCAAUGCGCAAACUCUUAUCAAUUAACCAAGAAACUGAAUGAAUUGAAUGACUUUGCUCCUCUCUGCUAAUUUCUAGCAUUUUGGAGUAACCCUCACAGGGGCGUUUAUUAGAGAGGGGUGUCUAACACACACUUAAAGGCGUAAGGGGGAGCGUUUAUUAGACAAGUGGCGUUUUUUAUUUGCGAGUGGGCGUCUAUUUGCUCAUUUACGGUAUUCAACGACCCACGAGAUCGCUGUGUCAUAUGGUUAACGUGAGCCAAAAAUACGAUUUUUUUUUACUAAGACUUUUCAGAAAGGGGAGGGGCGGAGAGGGAUUGUUAAAAGCGUCGCCAGUAGCCAAGUUGAGUUGGAAGAUUAAUCUUAAGGAGAGGGGCGGUGAACGUGAAACAGGAAGGGGUAAUGCAAAUCUUGCGCCGAACUAACGAAAACGCUGAUUUGGUUUAUUUUGUUGCCGCUUUUAUUACUGCAUCACUGUGCUAAGCUGACAAUAGAUUCAACAUGCCUAAAACCCUGCUCAUCAUAAUCUAUCUGCAUCAUUGGUUUUCUUUUCUUGUCUCUCCUCAGCGAAUUACUUAGACUGAUAGUUGUGAGUACACUUUGUUACAGCCUUACAUGGAGAGUAAAUCCAAAAGACGUUCACAAGUAGGUACAACUACUUCCUGAAUAAACAAAGGUGGCGAUGACAGUUUUUCGAUAGACAUUCUUCUGGUUAAAUUCUAGCUUUAACUAGCUAAAGUUGUUUUGUCUCGAUAUUUUUGACCAACUAGUUGGAUUUUACUAAGGAAUUAUCCCUUUCGCCCUCAUGGCCUGCGAGUCAAUAGCCCAUUCGGCCUUCGGCCUCACGGGCUAUUGACUCAGAGCCCAUUCGGGUUCGAGGAAUAAUUGUUAAGUACUACUUAUGGGGAAAUAUUAAGAGAAUAAAACAUCAUGUUUAGUUACAACUUUCGUCACCAGAAGUGUUUUUGAAAUCACCGUAGAACUUUUAUCGCGCGCAUCAGUGACAAGUUCGUUACAUUGGAGGAACUUUGAUACAAGGAGAGUCAGGCGUUUUCGUUACACCUGAUGAAAAAAGUCGGGUUUCUGCCAUUUUAUAUCUUCACACUAGCUAGUAGCCGCAGAGAAAAUAAUUAGAGACCUUUAGAUUCUAAGACGAGGACGACUACGAGAAGGAGAUUUCCUCAAUAGUACUGACUAAGUAGUGCGCGCGAGUGAACCAGCGUCAUUUUGGUGGAAAAGCGCGAUAGCCUGGUCAUUCUACUACGGGUUUUAGCGAGAAUGUCGUAGUGGCAGAAAUAAGUUACCGGGGUAUCAAAUGUUGUAAGUUUUAUCAUUUUGCAAUCGGGAGAGGGCGUAACCUCGUUCGAUAAAAAUAACCGUGCAAACUUUUUUGGUGAGAACAAAAAAAAGAGGUAAAAUGAAGCUUUCCGGGGCGUCAUUUUUUUGCGAUUACGCGAAAAAUACUUUAAGUCUAUGAUCGUCCUCGUGGUCAUCUUGGAAUAUAAUGGUCACUCAGUGUUUAGGGAAGCAGUCCAGUCCAGUCCAGUCCAGUCCAGUCCAGUGCAUAGUCCAGUCCAGCUUUUCCAACUGGACUUUAGGGACAUACCUUCUCUCCCAUUCAAGACCCUCCAGAGUUUAUAGCAAUGUUAAAAAUCCAUUUCAUAGGAUUGUUUCAAGGUCAUGGACUCUGUGGCUACUACGUUUCAUGUAAAACUUUUAGAACUGUUAUGAACUAUGUACCUUUGGCGGCCUCACACUGUAAAUCAGAAAGAUCUGUUUUAGCCCUAAAAAUGGGGCCGUUUAGGUGAAUAAAAUACAGCCCUAUAUGUUUUUAGUCUCAUUUGGCUCCCUUUAUCAGGGCCAGUGCAGUCCAAUUACCCAGGGAUGAUUUGGAUCCAAGGGCUGAAAUGGGUCCCAGCGUGGGUUGGAAUAGCCUUUUGAUGGGGCUCUUUUGCCUUAAAUUGCGCUCAAAUGGCUUCAGAAGGGGCUGAAUCAGACUUUGACCUGCAGAGCUGAAUUGGCACUUUGGAACUGAAACAGAUCUUUUUAAUUUUUAGUGCGCCAUAGAUUAUGCCGUUUAUAUAGACAGCCUCAAAACACUGUCGACCGAUUGUCUCUUUUUACAGGGUGGUGUUUGUAGUGUCGUUCAUCUGUUUAUCAGCUGCACAGCUUUACCGAAUGUUUGUUGAAUAUGGAAUCAACCGAUUUGAUUACUCAGGGUAAGAGUAGUAGAAUUUUUGAAAUUUUUAUUGUUCCAGUUCAGACUUUAUUUUGUAACCCGAUUCAAUUUCAAUUCGUUAUAACGGUGGAGGUUUUGCUCAACAGUGAACGGUUUGGUAAUAGCAGGAGCCGGCUCCUGGUGCGAAGCCAUUGAUAUGAAAAUUAUUUUUUUUAUUCUCAUGCAAAUAAAACUCAUUUUCACAAUAAAGGUUUUGCAAUUAGCUUCGUUUUGAAAGUGAGAGUUUUUGGAACUCGGAAAUGGCUUAUUUCUCCGGUGAAUUUUGAGCGGAACUCAUUCGCCCCCGUAAGUUUUUAAUAUUACUUUUUAAAUCGUUUCGCUUGAGUGCCGGUCAAAGUGUUAAACCACCUAUUGACGUAAAAUGGGACGCACGUUCAUGGGCGUUGGUCAUUAAUACUUUUGAAUGUCAAUUGCUUUGGAGCGGAGGAUUCAGGAAAUUGAAAUGAUUAGUCUGAUCCCUUGUCUGACUGACGAGAAAAUUAAAGCACGACGGAUCGGCUCCUGGUAAUAGCAAGUAUUUAGUUUUAACCCCCUAUGAGUUUCUGGUUUUAUUACAUGGCCUCUCUCCUCCGCAGAGGUCCCUUCGUGUCGCAGGGAUGCUGGGUGAAAGAAAAAGGAAGCGCGCGGGGCACGCCGCGCGCCAACCUCGUUCCCAUGUUCUCUCUCCUACCCGCUCUCUCGCUCCAUAAGGACGGGUAGGAGAGAACCCUGGGAAUGAGGUUGGCUGCGCGCUUUCUAUAUUUCGAUUAUUGCUGUUUUUAUUGGGAUAUCCAGCGGGAGCCGCUGCGGAGGAGAGAGUCAUAUGGCUGUCUCCGCCAGGGAGCAAGAUGAGGCGAAUCCUGAGAUCUGAUAGGCUACGCGAGUGGGCAUCAUGGCCUAUAUUGUCCGCCUGGGCUCCCCAGUUCCUUCGAUCUUCUGUUUGGCGCUUAACAUCAGGGUCUCGCGCGAAUUUUUGGAGACACCCUUAAGUCCAUGGGGAAAUGAACGUAAAUUAUUCAAAAUCUUGUAAUAUAAUAAUGGUUGCAUGGUCGGAAAAUCGCCAAAAACUAUUUAACUUGUCAUUAGCUCCUAAAUUUCCCACAUGUCGCCCUUUCGAAUUGCUACAUUUUCCUUGAUUUUGAAUGGGUAUUACAAGGAAACCAGAAACCUGAUAGUCCGACUUAUGAAUUUUUUCUAUACCAUGUUUCCGAAGGAGAAAAGCCCCGUAACAGGCGUAGGUAAGCUUUAUUACGGUAUAAGCAUUGUAGUUUAUAUAAUUUUUUUUCUUAUUUGAUCCACCAGGCGGCUAAUGGUUAUCACACAGAAGGUUACAUACGUUGCUUUUAGUUUACAUGAUGGUGAGUUGUAACGUAUUAAAAUUUAAAACCGAUUGGACGGAAGCAUGAAUGUAGAUUGCGUUACGGGGUCAUUAGAGGUGUCUUAUUGGAGGGCUAUUACGUCUAUAACGUAUCAAACGCAACAUAGUACGGAAGCUUAAGCUUAGAUUGCGUUACAUUUUUGUAAGUUCCCUGGUGUCUUGGUGUAAUUGUGAUAGUGCACGUAUUUUUAGAUAUCGUACUGGUGAACAGUUUCUGCAUUUAGACAUUUGUAGCAGCAACAGUUAUUGAUAGUCUUUUCUCGGCUUAUAACGUAUCAAAAGUACAGUCAUCUCUGCGCUUUGCGGACACCCCGCUCUAACGGACACUCCGCUAAUACGGACAGCAGCUAAAUCCCCGGCAAAAACAAACGAGAAUACAGACUUUUGACUGAAAUAAACUCUCGCUAUUACGGACUCUCGCUAACGAGGACACUAACUCGAGGUCUUUACAGUUUCCAUAGAACAGAAGUAUGAAUGUAAAGUGUGUAGUGUCGCCCUUAUGUUAGGGUUUGCCCACAGGGACUCGAUAGCUACCCGGCGCAGGCUGAGGGGAAACUUUUGAGACUUUUUAAAAAGGAAUCCAUCAGGAAAUCGAGUAAUUUUAAUUUUCAGUGGACAAAAACCUUGCACCAGAAUAAUUUUAAAAAUAUCGCAUUCUUUUUUACAUUUUUCAAGGGCUAUAAAUAAUAUUAGUUACCUGUAAUAACACCAAAGACCAUUUCUCAUGGGAGCCCGAAAAAGUAAAUGUCAAAUUUCACAACAAUUGUGAAAACACAAGGAAAAUUCUGAAAAUUAUAUAUGUAAAGUGUCAUUUUGUGAAAUUUGACAUUUAUUUUCUCGGACCUUCACGAGAAAUUUUCUUUGGUGUAAUUACAGAUAACUAAUUGCAUCUAUAGCCCUUGAAAAAUGUAAAAAAGAAUGCGAUAUCAUUGAAAUUAUGCUGGUACAAGGUUUUUGUCCACUGAAAAUUGAAAUUAAUCAAUUUUCUGAUGGAUUCCGUCUUAAAACUUUUUAGGGCCUGUUUACAUGGAGUGGGGGACCCCGGUCUAGUGGGGUUGGUUUCUUUUGUUUUCACGCUCUGGAAGACACAAAACAAAAGAAACCUACCCCACUAGACCGGCGUCCCCCACUCCAUGUAAACAGGCCCUUAUACAUGCAUGCUUCAAUCAAGUCCAUUUCAGUUUUAACUGAAAGUUAAACAAUCGCAUCACGCACAAGAUAAAGUACAGUCAAACCCCUUUAAUAAGGACACCGAGGGGGUCAUAGAAAGUGUCCGUAUUAGGUGUUCUGAAUUUAGAGAAAAUGUAAGGGCUUUCUUUCCCCCAGGGACAAAGCAAACUGCUGAUGACGGUAUUAAGCCGGUGUCCGUAAAGCGGGGUUUGACUGUAGUCAGACAAGUUGCGCCAAAAGGGUGCCUGUGGAUUCUACUUAGACAUCAGUGUGACUGCCGUUGCGACUGCGGUUAACCAAGUCUGUCCGCUGAUUCUUCCCUUAAAAGCAGAUUUGCCGAAGAUUCUGCAGUUCCCUUCAGUGUAGCACAUGCACCACAAUAAGUUGUACGUGUGUGUAAAAAUUGCAAGAAAACAAGAGGCACGGAUCGCCCGUAAGACUAAUUGUCACUACCACUCACUUGGUGGAGCGGUGACAAGUAGCGGGCUCGAUUUGAUAGGAGCGAGGAUGACCCUCAGUCUUUUUGUAUACACAGUGUACCAUCCCUUUAACCACUUCUGAGUCUCGUCAUGAAAUUCAUUCGAUAUGUUCUCCUCAUAAACAUGCUGCAAUAACGUUAAUUCACAGGGCUUGGAAGAAAAGAAAAUGAACUUACAGAAGAGCAAAAAGAACAUCGUAUUAAGUAAGUAGUUUUUAUUGUUAUAUCGCUUAACUCAAUCCAGGGAAGAUUGAACCUCCUUUCCAGGGCCUUUCUUUUCUUCUCGUCCCCUGGAGAAAAAGAGGGAGACCUGGGGAAGAUUCGUAACCAGUCCCGGCGAUACUAUCGGAAGCUUCUUAUGGGUAUUUUGUUUAUUCAUCACGGUUUUGUUAUAAGUUUUGUGAUGUUCUAAUUUUUUUUUGUCUUCCAGGCGCAUGCCCUCUUUUUUGGAAUACUCUGGCUAUAUAUUCCAUCACAGCAUGUUGCUUGUAGGUCCCGUAUGUUCAUAUAAGGAAUACAUUGACUUCAUAGAGGGACGCGACAUAGCACAAGCCAUGAUCAAGGUCAGGGGAUAAAGUCAGCUGAUACAAAAGAUCAAAGGGGUUAAACAGGGGUCCUUGACUCCUUUCUUAGUAAAGGUCAUUUUUCUCGUCACAUAACGUUGAGGUUAUUACUACCUCACAGUUACAAGUUAGCAACGUUAUGGAAUGUAUGUAGAUCGACUAACGGGGCGUCAAUUGUCUCGUUGUUUUUUUUUUUGAAAGAAGUGUCGUUGCAAGACGCUCUAUGAAAAUUGAUAUUUGGCCAUUCAGUUGGUAUUUACCUAUAUACCUGUACAUAAACUUAUUUCGUCCAUUUUAGUGUAGCUGUUAGUUAGUAUCUUACACACAAUAGGUAUUCAAAUUCCUAAAUUAUUAAUAAAGGAAAGUGAUACCCCCCUUAUCUUAUUUCUCGAAUCACUAAAAGAAGAGGACCUAAUAUCGUCAGAAGGAAAAUUCUAACUGAGUUUGCUGCUAAAUGACUGAACAGUUGGCGGCCAUAGGUCGUAGUUUGCGCCAUGGAAAGGGGCAGACUAUGAUUGCCUCGCAAGUGGUAGUUAACGAAUGAAAUGCAAACAUAUCUUUAAUGGACAACGUGUAGGUGGGAAGGUAGGAGGUAGUCAGGUAGGUAGGUAGGUAGGUAGGUAGGUAGGUAAGUAAGUAAGUAAAUAGGUAGAUAGAUAGGUAGAUUCUUUCAUAAACAGCUAUCUGUAUUAAGUAGCCAGUUUCAAAAGUCUCCUGGGUAGCUGUUAUAUACAGGUUCCUUAGUGUCGCGCGCAGCGAGUCGGUUAGUUUUGAGAUUUUUAGCAGUUUUUUACCUCCUAGUUAGGUCUUUGUCUUUUGGAAACUCUUUUAUCGACCACCUCCAGUAAGUCAUAAUUGUUGUUUUAGCGUUUGAGUUUAACUCUUUAGAAAUAAGUUAUGCUUCCUAUUAGGGCCGGAUCAUUGAAAAAAACCGGAGGUGGAGUGUCAAUUCCCCAAAAAAAUUCCUGCAAAGGAAACUUGUCUUAAAAAAAACUCCUGCAAGUGGUGAUACCUAAAAACAAUAAGUCGUAUGCCCUAGAAAAAAUUCCUGCAGACAAGCGGGCUUUAAAAAAAAAUUCAUGCACCGAAAAUUUUUCACCCCCACUCCGGUUAUUUCUAAUGGUCGUCCAAUCAAGCGAGCAAUCACACAAGGAAUAGUGUAUCAUGCUGUUGUGUGCCUGCUUUUUUCGGGAUGUCUCAUUUUGUUAUUAUUUUUCUUAAUUUAGGGACACAAAGAACCAUCACCUAUGGUAAGACUCAGUAAACGCUAGCCUGCGUCGCAGACGUAAUUUAACUCCUGUUAGUAACGUCUGCGAAGCAUCGCCGAAGUCCUUGUUCUGGGCCCCCAACGGACUCAACGAAUUACUGGAAGUGCAUUUCGAAUUUCCCUUCAACCUGAUUGGCAAAUCUACAAUGGCUUUUUUAACAGGCCAAUCAUGGCGCGCACUUAAAUCCUGGUACCAGGGUGGGGGAAGGGGGUAAAACAAGGAUUUUGGCGCUUGUUCGCAGAUGGACUUAACCUAUAGUUUAAUUUCGUCUGUGCCGCAGGCCGGGGCGCAGAGUAGUAAACGCAACAAGAGACUUAUAGUUGUAGCUGUUCGAGGUAAUUACUACAUGUUAGCCUCCUACAGUAAAUUGUGUUAGUUUUUUAAGCUUAAAACUAAGCUAGUCAAUCCUUUAAGCCAAUCAGAACUCACAGUAAAAUACAUGUCACCGCAGCCGCAGGAAAUGUAAAUGGAAGGUGGUGGAAUGUAGGGGCAGUUUUUCACGAAUAUUUCCUAUCCAUUCUCAGAAGUGCAAAUUAAAGCAACACAUGAUUUUGUUUCAGAAUUCAAUGGUGUUUUUUAAAUUAUAUUGUUAUUGUUUUUGCCUUCUUUUAACAGGUACCCACUUUACAGAAAUUUGCUUCCAGUCUGUUGUGCGUCAUCCUUUUUCUUCUUGGUUCUAAAGUGUUUCCUUUCGAGCUUAACGCAGGUAAAGUUUCCAAAAACAGAUCGUAAUCCACUCCAUGCACCAAAAUUAGUUGUUGAAUGUAGAGGCGUAGCUACCUGUAUGUGAGUACGCACUUCCGUACUGGAGAACUUCAAAGAUUAGAAAAAAAAAAUAGAAAAACACGGUUGAUAAUCUCAAUUGUCCAUCUUUUGAAGAGAUUGAGAGGUCCUGUUAGUUUCCCAAUCUCUCUAUGAUCUAUGGUGGCCAAUUUAGUUUUCACUCAAAUUUUUAAUUUUUCACUCCCCCAACGACGCUACACCACACUUUUUUAAAAAAGUAUCAAAUCAAAUCAAUUUUAUUUAAGCUCGAUAGCGUGAGGAGUGGUUGCCCAAUCUCCCGAGCCAGGGGCUCAUGUAUUAAACGCUCGAGCAUUCCGGAUCGAAUUGGAAUUUAGAAAUGUUGGUUUUUGCGGAGAGGGGAAAACCGAAGUACCCGGAGAAAAACCUCUCGGAGCAGAGAAGAGAACCAACAACAAACUCAACCCACAUAUGACGUCGAGUCCGGGAAUCGAACCCGGGCCACAUUGGUGGAAGGCGAGUGCUCUCACCACUGCGCCAUCCCUGCUCCCCCAAACGUAUCCCCUUUAUUUAUUUAUUUCAACGAUUAAUGGACUGACUGACUAACUGACCGACCAGCUCACUAACUGACUGACUAGCUACCUGUCUGACUGGCUGACUUACUAACUGACAGGCUGGCUGACUAACUGACUAUCUGACUGACAGCCUGGCUGACUGACUGACUUACUAAAUGACUAGCUCACUGACUGGUAGGCUGACUGACUGACAGGCUGAAUGAUAGGCUAAUUGACUGACUCAUCCGCAAGACCUGCAAUCACAUCAAUUCUGUCCCUGAGAUACGAGGCCUUAAGUGUUCCCUUUCUAUUCAUUUCACUUGCCAAUCUGAGAAUCUUGUUUACUGCAUAUCCUGCCGCUGAUGCCCUCCUCUAUAUCGACUCAAGUAAGGAAAUCCAAGACAGCCUUGGAUUCUGGAUCCCACGCCGUGGAUUCCGGACUUGAGGUACUGGAUUUUAGCCGUUGUUAAUGAAACUUGGAUUCUGGAUUCCAAACGUUGGUGGCAUUCCGGGUUCCUUAAACUGUAUUCCGGAUUCCAAAGGCUAGGAUUCUGUAUUCCACAAGCAAUAAGUUCCCAGAUUCUGGAAUCCGGAUUCCCUUACAUGGGGCGAUCAUUACAUCGGUGAAACUGGACGAAACUUCGCGAGUUGUUUUAGCGAACAUUUGUGAAGUGUACGCAACAACAAUCCUGGGUGUCCUGUGACGCAACAUUUCAACUCCACGGGACACAGUAUUUCUGAUACCCAAGUGUGUGGUCUGGCUCUUUGCGGUGGAGCCAACAUCCAAUGGAAGCAGCAUGAAAUGGGGAUGAUUUUCCAGCUAGGAACCAUCCAGCCGAAAGGACUAAAUAUCAAUUUCAGCUUCAUUUUAACUGUGACAAAUCAUCCCUCGCGCGCGAGUAUUUACACGUGCACGUGCUUCAUUUUUUUUGUCUAAUGACAACUGCGUAUAGUUUUGCAACGGUUUUCUGAACACUGAAGAAAGAUUAUACAUCCGAAAAGAAUGUUUCUUCAAAGACAUUUAUGACUUACGCAUCCCUAACGGUUUUUUCGCUCACCAUUCAUUAAUUGACUGACUGACUGGCUGACAUGCGGACUGGCUAACUGGUUGACUAGCUGACUGACUGACAGAUUGAUCGACUUACAGAUAGGCUAAUUGACUGACUGAUUAGUGACUGGACGACUAACUGACUAGCUCACUGAUUCACUGACCGACUGACUGGCUGACUAAAUAGCUCUCUGGCCGACUGACCGAGACUGAUAAGCUAACUGGCUGACUAACUAGCUGAAUAGCUCACUGACUGGCCGACUGACCAGCUGAGUUAGCCUUUUUAGAUACUGCCUGACUUUACCGAACUAAUUGAUUGUAGGCUUUGAUAGAGUUCUGCUCGCAAAAGUAGCGUAAUAUGCCACUAGUAGUGCUCGUAUAUUUCUAAAAUUAUGCCAAUUAUUAUGCUAAUCUUUGUAAAUUAAACUCAUUUUAACAAAAAUGCAGAAAUCAUGCCUCUACUAAAUUUGAUAAAAACACCUCAAUAACGAUAUGCAGCAAAAAAGUAAAGGCAAACUUAUUUACCCUAUUUACAUCUAGAAACUUUAACAGUGUAAAAUUUAUUGUCUGAUGACUAUAAAGAUUAAAACAAUUAACAACCAGCAGGUAACCGAGCUAGUUAUGCGCAUGCUUUGAGUCCCUUGGAUAUGUGGGACCCAGGUCCCAUGAAUGUGACAACAAGGAGACAUAAAAAAUUAUUUUGUUACUUAAAUUUGCCAGUAACACUGAUUUCCGGCAAAAAAUGGUUGCAUGGUAAAUGAAUGACAAUUUUAAGCUACAAGACUAGCCAAAAAGUGCAAUUUAUGCGCGCAGUGCUUUUUGGGAAAUAGGUGAAAAUUAUGCACUUAUGUAGUGACGAAUUAUGCCAAAAAUUAUGCUAGCACAAUCUAUCAGAGCCUAAUUGACUAGCUUUCACUGAGAUGUUCUAUUUCUUAGCAGCUAGUUCUGUGAAUAUGUCCCUCGUGCAUUUUUAUCAAUUAUUCCUUCUUAGCGCCUGUUUUCCAUUUUUUUUAUACAGAUCCUCACUUCAUCGCCAAUAGUUCUUUUUUAUGGAGAAUGGCAGUGUCAUUUUUCAUCAUGUUCAUUGCUCGAUUAAAAUAUUAUUUUGCGUGGAUCAUAGGUAAGAUUAGAAAUGUUCUUGCCCCGGUUGUUCAAAGGUUGGAUAGUGCUAUCCAUCGGAUAAAUCACUUUCUAGCUGGGAAGUAUUAGGAAAACCGAUUGCACUAUCCUCUGGAUUAGGGAUUUACCCACUGGAUAGCGUUUACUUAUCCACCUUUUGAACUACUGGGUUUCAGUUGACUCAUGGUAACUACCUGCUUCUCUCUGUAUCUCAAAUCGGCGUCCAGCCUUAAGCUACUUGCAAACGGACGCACCAACUCCCCACAUUGUUGGGCCAACAAUGUUGAGACCUGCAGUGCAUCAUGGGAAGGAUACAACCCAUAAGACUGUGGAGACCAUGUGUGAUAAGCGUGCGUGUCCCCAGCAAGUUUGGAAGAGCUGUGCGAACGGAUCCAACAUUGUAGCGCUACGCUUCGGCGAUCACGGAACAAAAGAAAUGUUGGGAGUUGUUGGCUGAAAAGUUUGACCGGUUUCAAACUUUUGCAACAACAUGCAAACGAAAUUAACUUUUUAAUAUGGGCGCCAACUGGUGAGCAAGUGUAAAUUUUUGGUCGCCAGGGGACAAAUUAUGGUCGCCAAAAAUUCCCUUUGGCGGCUUGGAAACGUUGUGGUAUAUUUACAGGAAGAUUCGUUUCACUUUUAAAUUAAAAAAAUAUCCGCUGGACGAAAAGUAUGACACCUGUUGGCAAAUAGCUUCGAGGUUUCAAUUCUUCAUCAUUUUCUCCGAACGUGAAAGUCUACAAUGACAACCAGCUUUACGAGGUCGCCAGCUGGCGACCAACUAUGAAAUUCUGGUCGCCAGAACUGAAUUUUUGGUCGCAUUGGCGACCAGGAAGGCGCAAUUUCGGACCCUGGCAACAUGUAAAAUCCAGCAAUGCUGGGAGUUUUUGGGCAACAAUCUUGCGUCCGUUUGCUUUAUAAUAAGCUUUAUGAUAAUAAGCUCAACCAUUGACCAUUACGCGUUUUGUAAGCCUGGUACCAAAGUUAUACUUAAUCGGCCCGUUUGGUAGUAGCCUGGAAUUAACAUCUAGGGCCCUUACUUCAAAGUUACGAUAGGGCAGAGGGGUUCUUAUUCGUGGGGCAAUCGUAUUUAACUACAGAAUUAUUGAAAUAUUCAGUUACGUUUCUUUCACCCUUGGAACAGUUUGCAGGUUUUUAAUUACAGUUGACUCCCGAUAACUCGAACCCUCGGUAACUCGAACCUCGCGGCGUUUAUUGGAGGGCGGUGUUUAGUCCCCGAGGUUAAGACCAACUACUGAGGAAAUGGCCAUGGCUUAUUGCUACAGCCAUUCCUUAUAAAUUGCGAUAGGCAUUCCAUGCAAUUUAUGUCAAAAGUAGUAGAAAUUACGACAGUAACCGCAAAUUAUGACCAUCAUACUGACACAUUACUUCCUUAAGUCUCUGGGUCCUUUGAGAAUUAUCAGUAAAUGCAAGCUAAUACAUGAUCCCCGCGGGCAUGACCAACCAUACUGCAUUGGAGCUCUUAGUACGUUUCUCAUUUCUAUGAAGCUAGUGUAUAAACUAUAUGGAUUCUCCAAUGGCUUCGAUGGAUGAGUAUGCAGCAAGACAUUACAGAAAAGCAAAGAAGAGUACAGUUGACUCCCGAUAACUGUUAGUAUACGUUUCUUUUCUUUUCCGUCAGUACUUCCUUUUAGUAAUGUACUUCUGUCCUUUUUCUCGUAACAGCGGACGCAGGGAAUAACGCAUGCGGACUAGGCUUUAACGGCUAUGAUGCCAAAGGAGAGGAGCUGUGGAAUGGAGUAACAAAUGUGAAUGUAAUUGAGCUAGAGGUCAGUUGAUGAGGGAAACAGUGUAGGAAAUCGGUUUGCGACCAAACGACAAAAACCGAUCGAAUCACACGUCAGUUGCUUCACCUUAGUUUUUCCAGAAUGUCUUCGUUUCUGCUUCGUGCUUGCUGGAUUGAUCGUACAUUCAAAUUUCUUUGAUGCAGACACUAAGGGGGCCAUAGAAAGUGUCCGUUUUAACGGCAGGUUCAAUUUAGGGACAUUUUAAGGGCUUCUUUCCCCAGGGACAAAGUAAACGGUCCGUUUUAAGAGGGUGUCCGUAAAGCUCGGUUUGACUCUAUUUUCGACAACGCAUUGACUGGUUUUGACGGAAGUAACCAGUCUUGCCUUGCUGACACCUUGAUAUUACAGAUACCAUGCCAAUAUGAGCGGCAAUUAAAUCCCUGGCACAGUUACAGAUGUUUGAACUCUCGCAAAUAGGGCAGUAACUCCAGCUCUUAAGCUAUGGGAAAACGGGCAACAAAAACGUGAAACUUGUUUUGCAAAUUGCUGCUAAACGAGUUGAAUAGCAAUGUUACACGUCUUACCACCCACGUUCAAACCUGUUUUGCAACAAAUAAAAUUGCUGCAAGUUGCUUGAAUACUGACUUCUGACUGGAUAAAAUAACGCGACGGGACUUACGUCACUUGCUGCAAAACAAGUAUUGCCUUGGGCCGCUAAAACUCUCCAACAUUGCAGAUUUUGGUUCAAAAAGCAGGACUACUCCCCUUUUGUGCAACAACUUUUCGCAACCUGCAACAACCUGAUUUGUUGCAUGACGGGUUUAAAUGUGAGUGGUAAAACGCGCAACAUCACUUGUUAACUCGUUUUUAAAUCGUUUUUUUGCCUGUUUUAUCGUGCCUUUACGGGCACAUUAUUAGGCUGUUUUAGCAGCAGGACGGGAACGUCAGUUGACGACGGGAAAGAGCGCGGAGAGUACUAAACACGACUUCCGGUGCCCAAUUUGCCCCUCUGCCAUUGGUUAAGUCAGUCGUUUGAUUUGCUCGCGCCGUCGUCAACUGACGUUCCCGUUCUGCUGCUAAAUCAGCCUAUUCGGUCUUGACACUCAAAGUCUUGUUUUACCGCUCAUUACACAGACAUGGAGCUCAAUCUUAGAAGAGUUUAGAGACAUGAAAAUCUGCUUCUUUCGCUUUGUUUUAUCGUCUUGGUCUGAUUAGAUAGAUUACGCAGUUUCGUUGCGCAUCAAUCAAAAUUCCUUCUUUUUUUAGUAAGGGCAUCUUUGCAGUCUCCCUUUCCAAAUAAUUCCUACGUCGGAUUGGUACUAUUGCCGGUCUCGUGCUCGUGACUAGGGAUCCCGGAUCCACCACAGCAUAGUGUUCCAGUUGAUUCAAAAUCAGGUUUGAAGAUAAUCUCGUACCCAGAUCUCUUGUGGCCGAAGCCGAAGGCGAUCCGUUAUCCCCUUCGCCAACAGGAGAUCGAUUAGAGCGUAUUCACAUGACGACAUAGCGGCCAUAUUGGUGUUCCAAAACAAUGAAACGGCAGCCAUGUUGGUGUACCAAGACAACCCUGACGGAAUUGAACUCUUUUCUUAUGUAAAAGCUUUGUUUUGUUCGUAUAAAUUAGCAUAGAUACUGACCAAUACGCCCUGUUGUAACAAUCUUUUUGUGAAUACAUUCAAUGGAACACUCCAUCCAUCCUGACAGAACAAGCUGAAGAAAAUUAAAAGGAGCUCUGUGGUGAUACGGUCAAACCCCGCUUUACUGACACCCUCUUAAUACGGUCACCUCAUUAUUAUGGACAGUUUGCUUUGUCCCUGGGGAAAGAAAGCCCCUACAUUUUCUCUAAAUUCUACCCCCUUAAUACGAACAGCCCUUUAAUACGGACACUUUCUAAGGCCCCAUUAUUGUCCGUAUUAACGGGUUUUGACUGUAUUAAAAUCAUGGUUUUCAACUUCCAAAAUUAACUUGAGAUUUAAAAAAAAGAUAUGUGGUAGUUAAUUUUUUAUCUCAUGUAAUUUUCAUUUUUCCUUUGUUUCAACUUCAUUAGCAUACAUUACCAUACCCAAAAACAAAAGAAAAGCAAAAAUUACCUGAGUUAAAUCUGAAAUUAACUACAACAGGUAUAUAGCUGGUCAUAUAGAGAAAAACCAGAUGUUCAGUGUGCACAACAGAUCGGGAGAAUUAAGGACAGUUUUAGGUUACUGGAUAACCAAAGACAAACUUAAACAAUUUUGGCCAAACUUUUCAAGAUGCUGAAAUCUUGACGUAGUCCUUUGGAGGCAGGCAGCAGGCUUGCUAAAACUUCUCAAGUUAUUUGUCAAAGAUAAUAUCAUUUAAUUUUAAUCUUCUUUAAUUUUAUUUUCACUCUCUAGUUUUUUUUACCUGUGUAUUUUUUUCUUGGAAAAUGACCGCGUACCGCGUAAAAGCAAAAUUUCGUCAAAAGCUUAAAACUAUUGAUGUCGUCUUUUGCGUUGUUUGUUAUAUCUGCAUGGUGUUUUUUCUUUAUAUCUGAAUAAAAUUUGCCGGUGGUACUGCGCAGACGUCAACAAACUUUAGAAGGAUGAUACAAAACUGGAACAUGACAACAAACCUUUGGCUUAGAAGGUAAAUGAACCUUAUUUUGGGGAUUUAAAAGUCAGCAAUACCCGUGUAACCGAUGAUAUUUAUUCGUGAGACCUGCUCGUUCAUGCGGGCAAUUGGAAAAACCGGGAGGGCUGGGCAGCACAAGAUGAAUGAGCUCAGACUCGUUACCAGUCUAUUUCUCUGAGUUUUUACAGCUAAACGCUUACAGAAGCCCAUAAGCCGGAGCGAACGACUCCUAUAGUUGGCCUACCAUAUAUAUGGCGUUUUCAAAUCUUUCAAGGGCCGGUUUAAUUUUAGAGACAUUUUAGAGCACUUUUUCACCGCGAAAGUGGAAGCUCCUCUUCGUGUAUGAGCUUACUCGAAGUAUAAGUUAUGAAAGAGCCAUUGAAAGGUCUAAAAGUAUCGCGGUAGAUGCUGAGAAGGUCUAAAAUCAAAAAUUGUCGCAGGACGUAGUGAGAACAAGUCUGGAAAAGGGAGGAACUUUCAAGUUUAAAAAUUUAUCUUCAAUAUUUCGCACUUUAGGGGUGAAUAAUGCGUAUCAGCAAGAGCCGAUUUCUGGUAUCAGGUCAUUCUGUUACCGUAUUUCCUUGAAUAAAGGCCCACCCCCCAAGGCCAAAAUAUCAACUAGCGCCCCCCUCCCCUCCCCCAUCAUUUUCUAUAGUAGUAUGGUAUACAAGGGAAACCUGUUUCUAUUGCUACUAUAACUCUGUGAGUAAACCGUGUAAUGGAACUAAGGUAGGCUUGAUUACCAACAGGAAAUGGUAAUAAGCGCCCCCCUCGAUUAAACUAGCCUGCGAAAACAUCCGUUUCUCCUCGCUCUUCGUCGCUGAGGACGUUUCGCGCGGAGGAACGUCUGCGACUCAGCGACAGAAAUUCCAUACUGAUGACGUAAAAUCUGUCCAGAAUCCGGUCAGAAGCGCUGAUUCGUCGACGGAGCAGUUACAUUGUUUUAGCUAUUGUUUACAAAUGACAGACAAAAGACAAAAGGCCAAAAAGGUCAAAUGUAAACACGAAGAAUCUCUAACAAAACAGUCAAUAUUUGUGCAAUAUAGUCUUCUCUAGAAGAAGCAUUUGAGUUUUGCUGGAGCUCGUGGGGAGAUCAACGCAACACAACCAAAAUCGACCAGAAGACACGCAAAAUUAGACAAAUUUAUAUUUGGAACCCCAUGACUACCGGAUUUAUUAUGUAAACAUUGAUUUGCGUCAUCAGUAUGGAAUUUCUGUCACUGAGUCGCAGACGUUCCUCCGCGCGAAACGUCCUCAGCGACGAAGAGCGAGGAGAAACGGAUGUUUUCGCAGGCUACGAUUAAACGCCCUCCUUCCAAUAAGCACCCAGGCGCUUAUUCGAGGAAGACGGUAAUUCUUUUUUGACAGAACGGUUUAUGACAGAGUCUCGCAUCUUCCACCUUAUCAGAGGACUUUAGUUACUUACGUUGUGUCCACCAUAUGGCAUGGAUUUUAUCCAGGGUAUUACCUGACAUUUAUUGUCGCUGUAUUAAUUGUCAUAGCAUCAAGAAAGGUACGUUAA